AUGUCAGCAUUGGAUAUUAAUAAUUUACAAAACAGCUUUAACCAAGCUCUAAACGUCUCUGCUGGUGCAGUCUCGACUUCACCAACUCAAUCAUAUAUGAAUUCGGUACCUGCAAGACUUCAUUCUUAUAGUGUUUCACAAAGACAAAAAGCUUUGAAACCAUUCUUUACUGGUGAUAUUAAAAUUUUAUUGUUGGAAAAUGUUAACCAAACUGCAGUUGAAAUUUUCACCAAUCAAGGUUACCAAGUCGAAUUUUACAAAUCUUCUUUACCUGAAGAAGAGUUAAUUGAAAAGAUAAAAGAUGUUCAUGCUAUUGGUAUAAGAUCAAAGACUCAAUUAGGGGAAAAUAUAUUGAAACAUGCUAAAAAUUUAGUAGUAGUUGGUUGCUUCUGUAUUGGUACUAAUCAAGUAGAUCUAAAAUAUGCUGCUAGUAUGGGUGUUUCAGUUUUCAACUCACCUUUCUCAAACUCAAGAUCAGUUGCAGAAUUGGUCAUUGCUGAAAUUAUUGUGUUGGCCAGACAAAUUGGCGACAGAUCCAUCGAAUUACAUACUGGUACUUGGAACAAGGUUUCUUCAAGAUGUUGGGAAGUAAGAGGUAAAACUUUAGGGAUCAUUGGUUAUGGUCAUAUUGGUUCUCAAUUAUCAGUCCUAGCUGAAUCAAUGGGUAUGCAUGUUAUUUACUAUGAUAUUGUUACAAUCAUGUCCUUAGGUACCGCUAAACAAGUCUCGACUUUAGACGAGUUGUUAAAUAAAGCUGAUUUUGUCACUUUACAUGUUCCAGAAACUGCUGAUACUAAGAAUCUAUUAUCGGCUCCACAAUUUGCUGCUAUGAAGGACGGUGCAUAUGUCAUCAACGCUUCAAGAGGUACUGUCAUCGAUAUCCCAUCUUUGAUCCUUGCCAUGAAAGCUGGUAAGAUAGGUGGUGCUGCCAUUGAUGUUUUCCCACACGAACCAGCCAAAAAUGGUGCUGGUGCCUUCUCUGAUGAUUUAAAUAAGUGGACCUCUGAAUUAGUUUCAUUACCAAAUGUCAUAUUAACCCCACAUAUUGGUGGAUCCACAGAAGAGGCCCAAAGUGCUAUUGGUGUUGAAGUUGCUUCUGCUAUGUCAAAAUACAUUAACGAAGGUGCUUCUGUGGGAUCAGUAAAUUUCCCAGAAGUUUCUCUAAGAGCUUUGAAUUUAGAUCAAGACAAUACCGUACGUGUUUUGUAUAUCCACAAGAACGUCCCAGGUGUAUUAAAGACUGUUAACAACAUUUUAUCAAACCAUAACAUUGAAAAACAAUUUUCUGAUUCUAGUGGAGAAAUUGCUUACUUAAUGGCUGACAUUGCUGAUGUCAAUCAAAGCGAUAUUAAGAGUAUAUACGAUGAACUAAACAAGACUCCAGAAAAAAUCAGCAUCAGAUUACUAUAUUAG